CCCGUUUCGUACUUUGGCUCAAUCAAAUCGGCUGCUACAAACACAAGAGGAAGCGCAGGCCGAGAACUCCAACCCUAUUACCCACGAUCUUCAUUUCUCCAUUCAAACCAUCCUUGAUCUCAAUUGAUUCGAUGGCAAUGAACGGGGCGAAACGAGGAUUUUCCAUGACUUCCAAUUUUCUGAAAGCCCUGAAAACAUCUUCUUCUUCAUCGUCGCUCAGACCCUUCAGCGGCGUCGUUAACAGCGAAAUCACCAUCAGCCACACCGCUAAAUGGAUGCAGGAUACGAGCAAGAAAUCUCCCAUGGAGUUGAUCAAUGAAGUCCCUCCUAUCAAAGUUGAGGGCAGGAUUGCAGCAUGUGAAGGAGACACAAAUCCUGCACUUGGGCAUCCCAUAGAGUUCAUAUGCCUUGACAAGAGUGAACCAGCUGUUUGCAAGUACUGUGGCUUACGUUAUGUCCAGGAUCACCAUCACUAGAUUUUAUCUUCUAUUCAUGCUGCAUGUUUCCAGCUUGUGUUCCAUUUUCUAUUUCAACAAUGUACUAAAUCUUUAUAAAGCUUCUUGGCAUGCUUGCAAAUAAUGAUAUACUCAUCAGACUUAUCAUGUUC